AUGGCGGACGAGGAAAACCUCAGACACACCAGAAAACGAGAAAGUGUCUUUGUUACAGUGGGAACAACAGAAUUCGACAGAUUGAUUGAUAUAUUUGCACAACUGGAGACAUUUCAGGUAUUAGAGGAGAAAGGAUUCACUAGGGUAACUUUACAGACAGGAAGAGGAAAGGUCGCACCACUAAGUGGACAAGUUGGUGAUGUAACAGUGCAACACUUCAGAUAUAAAUCAAGCAUACGAGAGGACAUCUCUUCUGCUGACCUCGUCAUCAGCCAUGCUGGAGCUGGUAGCUGUCUGGAGACAUUGGGAGCAGGCAAGCCAUUACUUGUGGUGAUCAAUAGGGACCUGAUGGGAAACCACCAACUAGAACUUGCUAAACAGCUGUACCAAGAUGGCCAUAUAUAUUAUUGUGAUUGUGGGUCUCUGCUACAGACCCUACAGGAAAUUGAUAUAGACAACCUAAAACCCUUAACCAAAGGGGAUCCUUUCAAGUUUGGUGCUUUUCUUGACAAUAAGAUGGGAUUUUCCUGACAAAGAAUGGAGGAGAGAUUUAGUUGUUUCCAAUCAGUACUUAUUUGUAUGUGAAAUCAUUUGAUCACAUGACCAUUGAUAACAAAUUUGCACAAAUGUCAGAUUACCUGACAUAAAUGAAAAGGCGUUGAAACCUGAAAAAUGGAAAUCUCUAAUUUGAAAGUCUUUUACAAACUGGAGAUUAUUGGUUUUGUUAAUCAUAUUCAAUCUUUUUUGUUCUGAAUCCUCCUUCAAUACAUACUUUGAGUAACUGCCAUAUAAAGGAAAACAAAUAGACUUUAUUUUUAAACAAAACCUCCAGUUAUGAAUACCUGUUUAAUUUAUGUACAAAUGAAGGGUGUGAUGAAAUUGGAAGACUAAGAUAGUCAGGGGUUUUGGACAUGAUUGUCUUUGAUCAAGCUCACUGGGGUUUAACUGGUCUGACUUUGCCACGAAAAAGUACUAGUUUUACACCAGCAGCCUGACCAAGGGGUUUGUUCAGGAAAUUGGAAAUCCUUUCACAUUUACAAAUAUGAAAGAUGCCCAGUGCACUACUAUCUGUGCCAAAAUGAAUGAUAUUCAUUGUUCAGCAAAAGGUUUUCAGAGUUAAGUUUAGUCAGCGUUUGAUACUAUGAUCUCAAUUGACAUGCAAUAGAUGAGAAAAUUGGACCCAUUUAUUUCAGUGAAAUAUGUAUUUACAAAAGGUAUGUGAUGUUUUUGUCCUGGAUUGGAUGUCUUCAGUGUAGUAUGUUUAUGGUACAAAAGUGCAAUUAAAAUCUGUUUAUUUGUUGAUCAAUCUACUAUUAUAUCAUAAGACAGAUUUCAUAACGCUUUAAAUGUUGAACAUGAUUUAAUCUUUGACUGGUGAUUUGGUAGUUUUAUUACCAAUAUUUUUUGAGACUCAAUCGAUUAUUCUCAGAUUUCAUAUGUGGAUUCCUCUUAGUUUUGCUCUUUCAAUGUAGCAGGGUGUAAUUCAUUUUCACAUAUAAUUCUGUGUUAUUUCUUGAGUAAGACAUUCUUUGUCAUUUUUAAAGCAACCAUUUCAAAAAUAUAUGUCAUCUAUUUUAACGAGAGGUAAUAUAAUGGUAUUUGGAUGAUGGAGAGGGGGAAAAACAAGCUUUUAAAACUGCCUAUGGCAACCAAAUCAUGAAAAAAUAUAAAUGACUUAAAAUCUUUUAUUUCAUUAUAUUAUAAGAUUUGACUUUCUGAAGACUUUAUACUUUGUUAGCUCAAAUAUUUUUCAUUUGUUAAAAAACAGGGUCACAAGUAACAAAGUAAAUACAAAAGUCCAUGAUAUUAGGUUGGAAUUAAUUUAUCUUGAAUUAUGUCCUCACUUCCAAUGAAACAUGAGUUACUGGUAUACAUCCUUCAACAUUUUAUAAUAGUCUUCCUUUUGAGCUGCAUUUUGCAACAACAUCAUUGACAUGAAAGUUUUCAGGUUUUCAGCACAGACAAUGCCAAUAUUUUCUCCAUCACUAAAGAAAAAAACUGCUUAUCUCUCUAUUUUUAAUUAUGAAAACAUGCCUAAUUAUUUUUCUGUCAUAGAAUUAAGUCUUUUAAAAGUUAGAAUUAAGUUUUUUGUUUAUUUUUGUAUAAAAAUUUACAUAUUUUGGUUGCUGUGCAGUUUUGAGCUAGUGGAAUCUAAUAGAAAAUAAUCUUUUUCAGGUUUUUUCUAUUAACCCAAUGUUACUCUACCACAUUUUCUUAAAAAAAGAAUUGCUUAAAAAAAAGACUUGAAAAUAAAGAAGAAAUACUGUUAUUCACGAAAAAAAAUAAAAUUGUUUUCUGUUACAGGUAUUCUUACAUUUCUUGAGUUAAGUGAAGCAUUGUAAUAUUUUUAGUUCACCUGGCCUGAAGAAGUGAGCUUAUGUGGUGGUGCAGUGUUGGUUGUCCAUCAUUCCGUAUGUCUCUAUGAGAAAGUCUGACAAAGUUUGCAAAAAGAAUGAUGUUGAUCUAUAUUCAAGGUCACAGAGGUUAAAUUUGUUAGUACCUUUACACAAUUUUUCUUCUCAUGAACUGAAAGGCCUAGAGGCAUGAUGUUUGGCUGGUAUAUUUCUAGGGUGAAGCCCAGCAAAGUGUGUGAAUAGAUAUGACUUUGACUUAUUUUCAAGGUCAAAGGGGUCAAAUUUGUUUUUAAAAAUUCACACAACUUCUUCUCGUGAACUAAAAGGCCCAGAGGAAUAAUAUUCGGCUGGUAUGUUCCUAGGAUGAAUCUCAACAAAUCAAUGAAAACAAAUAAACCUUGAUUUAUAUUCAAGGUCACAGGGGUCAAAUUUGUUAAAACAUUUAAACGACUUUUAUCUCAUGAAUUUAAAGUCAUAGAAGCAAUAUAUUUGACUGGUAUAUUCCUACGAUGCAGCCGCACAAAGUUUGCCAAAAGAAAUUACAUUGAAUAUAAGUCAAGGUCAUAGGGAUAAAAAUUGCUAGUAUAUACAUAUACCAGGUGACCGCUGCAGGCCCAUUGGGCCUCAUGUUUUGCUUUUAAAAUGCUUUUUCUAUCACACCUUUCAAAAUUAACAAAUUUGAACUCUGAACCGUCUGACUUUCAUACAUCCGUGAUUAAUACAUUUUUAAGACAUUGGACAUCAUUUUAACACAAAUACUGCUUUAUCAAAAUAAUUUUCACAAGGGUAAAAUAUCCCAUUUGCAUGAUUCCUGCUAGAUUAGAAUCUUAACAACUAUUUACUUCACAGAGGAAAUAUCGGACUUCAGUACCGAUCUAUGCUCGAAUAAGUAGUUAUCCAUGACUUACAGAAUGACUAUUUAUUAUUUUCGUAGAAAUCUUAACAAGCAUAGUUUUAUAACAUCAAGGGUAUAUUUCAUAUGUAUGAGCAAUCUUGUACAAAUCCAAAAUACAUUCCUGGAUGUCCUGAACCGCUUGCGGCUAGAAGAUUUUUCGGUCUCUGUGCUUCUGUCAUAAAAUAUUUAACUUCUUUUCUUCGAAUUUGAAUGAGAAAGAUCUGAUUUUCACUCCUCAAACAGGUUCAUCAAUAGUAGUUACGGUCCCGAACUGAAAAAGUCUAAUCGGCUAUACCACGAUUAAUUUUCAAAUUCAGAAAAUACAAAAUCGUGUUAGGAAACAAUGAAAAUUAGAGAGUGAAUUGUAUUUGGUCUACAAUGUACACAUGUCAUCAGCUUUAGUGUAGUUAGUACGACCCUGGCUCAAAACAUUUCGAGGCUUGUAUACUAACGAAGAAAGAGAAACUGUACAGUGCAUAUUUCGAAAUUUCCGAAAAAAGUAAUCGAUAAUUUCAAGAUAUUAAAAGCAUGUUCGAUCAGUAAACUAUUUCAGUUUUGCGCCUUAGUGGUUACACGUGCUUAUUCCAAGUUUUGAAUCUGUGACAAUGCAUACUAAGAUAAUAGAGGAAAGUUUUUGCCUUUUAUAUGUAGCAUUCUGUUCAAUGUAUGGACGAAAAUGAAGCUAAACAUUUAUACCCAGCAUGACCAUGAUCCCGAUUGACAAGGCUAUUUCAAAAAAUAAUAACUAGGAAAUAUUUGAAAGAAAUUACAAAAAUUAGACUUUCAUCCCAUAAUUUAAAAGUAGAAAGGGCCGAUAUCAAAUUGUACCGAGAAAUUUACGAGUAUGUAGCAUUUGUUAUUUAGAUGAUACAGAAGAUGAGGUUCAUUUUUUAUUGAAAUGUCCUUGUUACCAGCCAUUCCAGAAUAACUGACCCACUUAGAAGAGGUUGAAACUACCUUGUGUCGCAGUGUCUGUUUCGACAAAAUAAAUAUUUUGCAACAACUUUCCUGUUCCUACAAUUUGUUCUAGGUUUUGUCUGACAAAAAUAAUUACCUUGUUCACAACUAACACUUAUAUUUUUCAGAAGCGGAUGGUAUUAUAUUAUAGUAAAUAGACAGUA